AUGGAUUUGCACCUCAUUCUUGAUUCCAACUCUAUUGGGAAUGCAGAGAAUCCGCGUCUGAAGAAGUUCCGAGGUGUCAAGUAUCACAAAUCUUCCGUAAACGGGACUCCCCGCCGUCGAAGUCUGCGUGCCCAAGAAUCCAUUCCCGAAUACUCCUUGAAGUCAUCUAUCAGGAAAUCAACUCGUCGUACGCGUGCUACGAUGUGCAGCCCCCUAUCAGCACAGCAGAAUCACAGUCCAUUUGACAGUGAGCAUCCCACGCGCACUACUAAUAGACCCCAUAUGUCAAGUCUUGGGAAAGCCUCUGGUGUGCAGUCAGGUAGCACUACUAGCACCUGUUCCGUAACACACGAUCGAGCAUCGUCAUCGGCUUCUCCUCCAUUGUCCACCGCCACCUCUAGUGGUCUGUCCCGGGUCCGUCAACAGCUAGAGCGAGAAACAGCUCGCCUCGGUCGAAAUCUCUCCAUUAUGGAUUUCGUACUAGAUUCGAAAUCUCCCUGGGCAGAUUUCUCGGAAGAGAUGCUCCUAGAGAUUGCGAUCCGCAGUCAUCUGUACACCCCCUCGCGCAGCGAUUACGCGUUCGGGGACGAGCAUAGCUUGAAGACCUACUGGGAUGAGCAGGCGUCGAUCUGGACCGGCGUUCAAGAUAGCCAGACUCUUUUUGGAACGACUCGGUUUCCGGAUUCCUGCGAGCGCUCCACUGUUUCUGUUCAUGUCGCCAAUGGGUAA